GUCUUCCAUGUCCGUCCAUGUCGAAGAUUUGAUUUGAUUUGAUUUUCGAGGUGUCAGUCGUCUUAUUCGUUAGUUAAACCAAAACAGUGUUAAAGAGGUAUAGUCACUGAAAUAGCCCGUUAAACCUGAAAUCCACCCCACUCUCCAUAUUUAAAAUGGCUGCUGUCUCUUCUGAUGAUGCUACCAAGAUCAAUGGCCAGAAACAAGUCAAUGAUGUAAUGAAAAGAGUUCUCUUUGAGGACAUUGAUCAAGAUGGAAGUUACUUCUCUUACCUUUUUAUGGAGAAGAUAUUUGGUGACAACCGUACUUGCCAGUUUUGUGGGGCAUAUGGCUCUGGUUGUGUCCCUAAUGGGAGUAACUCGCCUGAGGUUUACGUCAUUGAAGAAGGUAUUGUUGGGAAGCAAGUUGUUGAGUGUGUCCGUUGCAAGAAGCAAGAGACAGUUUUAUCUCAUGAAAACAUCCCGAUACCGUCAGACGAGCGUUUGCGUAUACAUGGCCGUGAGGUCCGAUAUUAUUGCAAGAAAAUUAAUCAUUUUGAAGUUUUGCAUGAUCUCCUGGAGUUACUUCAUGUUGCUGCUAUUGAAGAUGUCAAGAAGAAGAAGGAGAAGCAUGCUGAAGUGGCGAGCUUUAUGAUGCAGAAAGCUAAGAGGGUCUGUGAAGAAUGGUGUAAAUCAGAGUAUGCUGAGCUUAGGUAUAAGAAAUAUCUCAGGCUACGUCAUGAAACUCUUAUUGAUAGCAAUUAUAAUCCUGAAUUUCCACCAAAUGCGUCUGAAGAUUACAAAGAAAUGUAUCAUAUGAUGGCCACAAGUUUUCGCUCAAACAGAGAAAAAGUCAUUCGAUUACUAAAGCUUAUGAAAGAGUCUCUUUUCGAUAAUCCAUCACGACCUUCCUUCAUGCAUUGGGUUAGUAUUGCCAUGAUGCAUUCAGAGCAAUACCAAGAUUUUAAAAGCCAGUACGACCCUCACACGUAUAAUUCCAUAGAAACAACUGACCUUAAGGAACGCUUUCUCUCACUAAAUAUUCCUGUGGGUAUUAAGAAAAUUCCAGUCGUUUUUGUCCUGUUUGAGCUACCUCGAUUUUAUCACUAUGUAGAUUUUUUAACUCGCAGACUGGGUAAGCGCAAGCCUCUUCAGUUUCUAACUGAGAAAGAAAAUGAAGAGUUAAAAGCGAUACAGGAGGAAGAUAGUGGUGUGCAUAGAUCUAAAGAUGGGCCGUCUCAUGAUGUACACAUGAAGCACGUUCCGCAUCCUGAUUUACACCAGAAGAAGCACCAGCAUCCUGCUCAUAGUGAAGAGGACGACGAGUUGAAAAAAGUUGAACAGUUAGUUUCUGGUGUUGUGAGUGAUCAUGUGGAGCAUAAAUUAGGUGGUCGCUUGCCUAAUAGUCGAGUGAUUUAUGAAAGGGAGUUGAAGCGUUAUGGGCCAGAUAAGGAAAAUGGAGAGGAGUCAGGUUCGUGCGUGAUACGUGAGGUUCUAGUUGAGAAGCCCAGAGUUGAGCUGCUAUUAGAAGAUUUUGAUGACCCACUUGAGCUUGAUUCAAAAUACCGCCAUGAGCCAAGUGAUGUAAAGGAAGAGUGUAGAAGGAUUGAGGAAUUGUAUAGGAAUCGGAGCCUUGUUUCUCAUCAGAUGAAAGAUGGGACACCUAUUCCUCCUCGUAUUGUGACGGCAGAGCAGUUUCGUGGUGCUCUUUUACGUCAGAAACACUACCCUUUGCCCAAGAAACCUCCCAUUCCCUUAGGAUAUUCCACUUGGGAUGGUAGAUGUAAGGUUGUUGUGAAGUUUGAACUUGAGACUGAUGAGUCUGUUUUAACACCAUUUCAGUUGGAAGAUGUUGUCAAGAAGAUUCAUACGAUGCCAUCACAGUCUUCUGAAAACUUCCAGAUUAAAGUUUCUCCUCCUGUAAAGACUGGAGGUAAUUUGCCUAUUGAAGCUGGCCCUUCUAUUUCUAGCGAUGGAUCUUGUGUUGUUGUCCAAGAUAGAUCAACAACACUUCCUGGGUCUACUUUUGGUAUACAUGCACCAAUAUCAAUACCUAUUCCACCGUCACGCUCACAAGAUCCAAAUGCUCCAGUGUAUGCUAGUGUAGAAACCAUUGAGAACGUUCCUACUGAUAAGCUGCUAGUUGCUACCAAUACUCAUGGAUUUGAUUUAGAAACACUAAAAAGAGAAAUGAGACUUCCUGAUACUAAAAUUGUUCAGAGUGUAACCGAAACGGAAAUACGCAACAUGCCAUCAACUGCUUUCUAUCGUAUUGUGAAGAGUUGUUCUGAUGAAAUUAUUUUGAUUUCAAAGCGCUCCGAUUUACCACCCAGUGAAUUGAAAAAUUAUGAAGUGUCGUUCCCUUCUAAACCCAAGAGAUGUGAUAACUUACCACAUGGGCUGACCCCUGAUCUCUUUGAAGGUGAAAAGGACUUUAUACAUGAUAUUCCCAUCAAAAGGCCUUUUGGAAACUUUUCUAUAUCGCCUCUCAUGUUUGCAACUGAUAUACACAAACAGCCAAUACCGAUUCUGCCAUUCAUAUAUUGCUCAUCUGAUAUUGACGACAUGACUCACUCGACUGAAAUUGUAGCUAAUUUCUUUGGUGUAUUAGUUGGGAAAGGUGUCCCCGAUAUUUAUCGUCGUGUUUUCGAAAAAUAUUUGAAGAUUGGUAUUGUUUUAGCACGUAGGGCAGAGUUGUUUGAAGAGGUUGAGUAUUUUGGUGCUAUAAAGAAAGCAGAGCAAAAAGAUUUGCACAUAAUGAUUACGAUAAACCUGCCAAAGCUUCUUGAUGAGGCGGACUAUGAAGCUAAAUUACUUGAAGAGCCACUUCUCAUAAGAAAGUCUGCAAAUAAGAAAACAACAGAACAACGUAAGCUAUCAAAAAAUCUCAAGUCAGAUGUGGUUACAACAGAUGCUAUCAUUGAAGCAGAAGCUGGGGAUGGUGAGGAUUCUGGGAAGAAAAAAAGAAAGAGGAAGAAGAAAAACAAGAAGAAGGUGGAAAAUGGUGUUUGUAGUCCUACAGAAAAAGAUGUAGAUCCUACGUUGCUUGGUGAAGAUGUGAAAGAUAAAUCUCGUAAAACCGCAAGAGAGAAAUUUCGUCAGUGUGACAAUUGUCAUAGCCCUAUUACUGCUUCAAUAAGGUUGUGCUCUGGCUGUAAGAGGGUGUGCUAUUGCAAUCGUGACUGCCAAAAAGCUCACUGGAAGGAACACAAGAAAACUUGUUCUUAUGUUCUUAAGAAAGAAUUAACUGGAUAAUGUGACACCUACACGUAAUGCCUUUUUUACUUUUUUGCUGAGUUAAACUUUUUAAUUUUAACCCAGUUUUUUAUUAAUUGGGCGAAGCCCACUAAGAUGUGUAGAGUUUGUUUGUAUGUAUGCAUCUAUGCUGGUUUGUAUGUGUACGUGUAUGUCUGUCUGUACACGUAUGUAUUCCGUAUCUCCUCUAUAUAUCUGCACAUGCCUGCAAUGCAACAGAUUCUAAAUUUCAA